AUGAGAAUGCAUGAAACUGGGGAAGACUGGCCUUGCAUUGUCCACGGAUGCAAUCGCAUCUUUGACCGUCAAAAAGAUUUUAUCAAACACCACCAGCGCUAUCAUGCUGGUCGGCCAUUACCAUCGUUGACCGACAUUGGCAUUACACUACUUCCAAGGAGAGUUUUCGGCUGUGGUUUCGACAAAUGCAAAGAAGUUAGCAUUGGAUGGGAUGAGAGAUGUGACCACGUAGCAAAACACAUGAAGAAUGGCGCGACUAUGGAUCAGUGGAAGUACUCUAAUGUGAUCCGGAAUUUAAUACGACAGGAGGCUCUUCACGAUACUUGGAAGGAGCUGAUAGGUUGCUUAGAUGAACGGCUGCGAGAAAGCCGGUCGCAAAUUAGUUGGUGUCCUGACAACUCGAGGAUCCUCCGACAAAAGCUCCAAUGCUGUGACCUUCGACCGAGUCGGGAAGAAGUCCUGAUCACUGCCUUGAGCCUACGCGCCGAUAUACCGUUAGACCCUAUGCACCAGCAGCUACCCCCUGGUUUCGUCACACCUUCAAGGGACUCCGUUCCGCACGUGGAGAAGCUCUCGCGCGAGCAGCGAAUGCACAUUCUCAUCGGCAACUCCAACCCACACCUCUCACGUGCGCGGCUUGCAGCUGUCAAUGCAGCUUUGCUGCAGGUCAGCAGUUCUUUAUCGCAUGUACCUGAUUACGAUUGCGGAUCCUCGCCAUUUGUGGAGCCCCAGACACCCGCCGUUGAUACAACAAGCCAUCGCAUUAGCUACAUGGAUGUGGACCCUGGUGACUUUCUGGAUGUAGCGCAACCAGCUAUUCCAGAUCUACCACCCGUCAUGACCACAGCCCCCAUGCACGCAUCACACCCCCACACGCCAAUCAUGGAUCACGACCAACAACAGCACAUGUACCACAGUGAAUACAUGGAGCAGAUCAAGCCUCCGCCAAAUCCCCUCGAAUCACUAUAUCCAAAUUACUUUGGCGCCCCGCCUCAGUUCGAAGAAUCGCCAUACUACGACCGGCCGUCAUUUGGCCAGAUGAUAUCAAAACCACUUUCCAAAAUCGGGAAUCGAAUAAGCAGUUCAAGAGGCAGUUCUGCUCAUUCCAGGCCACAGUCAAGUAUGAGUCAAGGCGGAUCGGAAAUUAACCCCGACUUUUCCGUCCCUGGAAUGAACGGUAGCAUGCGUCACCCUCAUCAACAACAACAACAACAACAACAACAACAACAACAACAACAACAACAACAACAGCAGCAGCAGUCUCAUCAACACAUUCCACAACAUCACCCUCAUCUUCAACAACACGUCAUGCCUCAACAACCACAAUCCUACCGCGAUACCACGACAUCGCAAAUGCACGAUCAUCUCCACAUGUACGCGACGCAUAGCUGA